AUGCGAAAGGUCUAUCUAUCUAUCUAUCUAUCUAUCUAUCUAUCUGUCUGUCUGUCUAUUAAACCUUCAGAUUUUUUCUUCAUUCUCCAUUUUGUUUCCGUCUUUAUUUUUCUCGCAUCACGUGAAUGGUGUUUUCAGCCAAAUCUUAUUUAUUCUUUCUAUCUAUCUAUCUAUCUAUCUAUCUAUCUAUCUAUCUCAGUCUGUUCAUAUUUAUCUAUCUAUCUAUCUAUCUACUUAUUUAUUCCUUUUGCAUCUUUUUCCUUUUCCCUCUUCUUUCCUCUCUCUCUCUCUCUCUCUCUCUCUCUCUCUUUCUCUGCUUCCUUCUUUUUUAAGAGACACUUUCUUUCUUUAUCCUCCUUAUUUAUUUAUUUUUUUCUUUCUUUCUCGUCUGUGUUUUAUUUGUUCAUACGUCUGUUUGUUUGUUUCUUUCUUUCUUUCUCAUGUCUCUUCUUUAUUCAAACUCUUUCUUUUCUGUUUAUCACUUUCUUUCUUUCUUUCUUUCUCUUCUUUCUUUCUUUCUUUCUUUCUUCUGUUCAUUUCUUUUACUUAUUUUAUUUCUUUCUCCUACAUCUUUCUUUUCUUUUCUUUUCUUUUCUUUCUUUCCCGUCUGUCUUAUUUGUUCAUUCUUUUUCUUUUUCGUUUAGCCUUGUUUAUAUUAUUUUCUUUCUUUCUUUCUUUCUUUCUUUCUUUCUUUCUUUCUUUUUUUCUCAUCUGUCUCAGUUUUAUUCCCGCUACAUCUUCUCUGUUUAUAUCUUGCAUAUUUCUUUCUUUCUUUCUUUCUUUCUUUCUUUCUUUCUUUCUUUCUUUCUUUCUUUCCCGUCUGUCUUAUAUUUGUUCAUUCUUUUUCUUUUUCGUUUAGCCUUGUUUAUAUCUUUUUCUUUCUUUCUUUCUUUCUUUCUUUCUUUCUUUCUUUCUUUCUUUCUUUCUCAUCUCUUCCGUAUUUCUUUCUUUCUUUCUUUCUUUUCUUUCUUUCUUUCUUUCUUGAAACAUUUCUUUCUUUUUCCUUUUCUUAAUUUUCCUUUUCUUUCUUUUUUCUUUCUUUUUCUUUCUUUCUUUUUUCUUUCUUCUUUCUUUCUUUUUUCUUUCUUUCUUUCUUUCUUUCUUAUUUUCUUUCUUUUUUCUUUCUUUCUUUCUUUCUUUCUUUCUUUCUUAUUUUCUUUCUUUUUUCUUUCUUUCUUUCUUUCUUUCUUUCUUUCUUUCUUUCUUUCUUCAAAUCUCUCACUUUCCUUAAAAGAAUCCUUUCAUUAA